AUGCCCAUAAUCCAUAUGAAAAGAGCACAUAGUCCAUGCGACAUUGGUAUUUCCAAUUACAAGAGACAGCGAUUAAUAGAGGAUCUACAAAACUUGUCUAUAAGUGAUACACCAAAUAUAAGGCGAGUUGAGAAUGUUGACAUCUCGAAGAAUAGUGCAGUCAAUAGCAAGAUACUACCGCAGGCAGUUAAAGAUCAGGUAUGGGAUUUAGUGAAAAAUGGCGGUCGAUCUAAGGACCCUAAAAAUAGAAUCUAUGAUAAGAUAUGGGAAACAAUCCGUGAUAGUAAUCUGCAGGUAAUAAAAUGGUAUAAUGGGGCAGAACUUGUGUAUAAGCAAUGGUUACUGUGGUUUCAAAAGUACUCUCUAGGCUUUCUAAACGAAAAAGAAAACGACAUGGAUGUCGACGAGAAUGAUGUAAUGGGUGGAGACGGUGCGUACGGGUACGAGCCAAUGGUUAUUGAUACAGAUUACUAG